AACGCCAUCAUGUAGGCUUUUUUUUUUCUUUUCUUUUUUUCUCCUGGGAUGAAGAACAGAACACGAUUUGUGCCGGCUCAAGCCUUGACCGGACCGGACUGGAGAGUCGUCACCUCUGCUGUCUGAGUGAAACCGUGACGUCAGGAACAUGGCCGAAUAGUGUGUGUGUGUGUGUGUGUGUGUGUGUGUGUGUGUGUGAUCCUUUGGAAGCGGCGCAGAGCAUGAGGACGUCACGGAAGGUCUUCCUGGCCCUCGUCGCUGUCGCUCUGGUGACUCUGCUGAUGUACUACGGCGCCGAUCGGAGAUGGACCCGUUUUGACCUCGGCCCGUGCUUCCGUCGAGCGGCGGGCCCGAAGGCCAAGCGGACCAACGUGGCCUUCCUGAAGACUCACAAGACGGCGGGCAGCACGGUGCAGAACAUCCUGUUCCGCUUCGCCGAACGCAACGGGCUGAGCGUGGCGCUGCCCAAAGCGCAAUACUGCCACACCUUCAAUUACCCCAAGGCCUUCAGCGCUCAUUGGGUCCACCCGCACACGCUUCCGCCCAACAUCAUCAGCAGCCACAUGCGCUUCAACGGCGCCGAGGUGCGCCGCCUCAUGCCCGCCGACGCGCGUUACGUCACCAUCCUGAGGGAGCCGGCGGCCAUGUUCGAAUCGCUCUUUAGCUACUACGGCCAGCACGCUCAGGCCUUCAGGAGCGUCCCCGGGGGCUCGCUGGACGUCUUCCUGGAGCAUCCACUGCGCUACUACCGCCCGCAAGAUAAGCGCUCCCAUUUCGCCCGGAACACGCUCACUCACGACCUGGGCGGCGACAAGGACCGCCCCGCCACGGAUGCGGCGUACGCGCGUUCCUUCACGGCCCAAGUGGAACGAGUCUUCUCCCUGGUGAUGAUCGCCGAGUACUUUGACCAGUCGCUGGUUCUCCUGCGUCACCUCCUCUCCUGGGACCUGGACGACCUGGUCUACGUCAAGCUCAACAUGCGCGUGGCCAGCUCCAAGCGCCGCCUGACCCCGGACCUCGCCGACAAAAUCCGCAGGUGGAAUUGGAUCGACGCGCACCUGUACGAUCACUUCAACGCCUCGCUGUGGCGCCGGCUGUCGGCUUUGGGUUCGGCCUGCGUGGAGCGGGAGGUCCGCCUCCUGCACGCCGCCCAAGAGAAGUUGCUGCGGAGCUGCUUCGGUGGACGCCGGCCUCUGCCCAGUUUAGCGGGCAAGAUCCAGAACAAGGACCUACGGCCCUGGCAGCCCAACGCCAAAGUGGGCAUCCUGGGCUACAACCUCCCCGCCAACCUGAGCGGCGGGCUCUCCGGCUCCACGCAGGACCUCUGCCUGAAGCUCAUCAUGCCCGAGAUCCAGUAUACCAAGAUUCUGCUGCGCUCCCAAUCCCUUCGCUACUGCCAGAACCACCAGCACUGUUCUCCAACUAGUCUCUCAGUUCAAUGACGUGACAUCGAUUCGAUUUGAGAAGCCCCCCCCGACGCGUCCAACCGGGAGCUCUUCCCCGCUGAACCUGAAUUCGCCGGAGCCUCCACCCCGACGUCCUCACGAGGUCCGAGUGGCCUCUUGCGGCAAGGGGGAGGGACGCGAGACCGAGAAGGAGACUGGGACUCUCACACGUCUCAGGAGAAGGAAACCAAGUUUCUGCCUACACUUUAGUUGCUAUGACAACUAGGGAUGGAAAAAGUGCAGCGAUUUUUACAUAAAUACACACACACGUUCCUAUCCAAAAGUAUUGGAACGGCAAGGUCAAUUCCUUGAUGUCCACUGAAGACAUUUGAGUUUCAAAUCGAAAAAUGAAAAGAUUUGAUGGGCUUCACAUCUCAGCCGGUUUUAUGUGAAGUAUUGAAACAGACCAUGGAAGCAUCUUCAAGUGAAGGACACGUGAUACAUUUUCCCGUCAAUUGCCACACUAGAAUGAUUUUGUCGACUCGUCAAUUCACUCUGCUGCGAUCAUCCUGCGUGACGUCAUCACUCCAGUCCAGCAGCCAUCACGUGACCUCCCACAGGUGGAACACAAAAGCCCAAAACAAGAAGCUGUGAACAUACUUUGUCAUACUUUGGAUCUCAACCGGCUGCUUUAUUUCUCAGGUUUAGUCGACAACGAGAAGGUUGAGCUUUGUGAUGAUGACGUGCGUGCGCGCGUGCGUGUAAAGCACAAUGACACUUUUGGAUAAAGUUCAAGUUAUUGAUUUGGAAUACAAGAUGAACGUUGACAACUCACACAAUUCAACCGACAAAAUGUGAUGAUAAAAUAAAAAGAAAUUCUACCAGACGUCUCAUUUUUAU